AUGAAAGGCUACGUUGUCAACCAAUGGCUCAAGGGCCCCAAUGAGCUUGUGCUUUCGUCCAAUGUACCCGUUCCCGAGCCCAAACAAGGCGAGCUCCAGAUUCAAGUCAAGGCGAUUGGUUUGAACUUUUUUGACACUCUCAUGAUCCAAGGUCGAUACCAAAUCAAGCCUCCAUUCCCCUUUAUUCCCGGUGGUGAGUUCAGUGGUGUUGUGCUCAAGUCUACUGUGCCAGAGUACAAGGCUGGUGAUCGUGUCUUUGGUUCUGGUUACUCGUUUGCCGAGGUGAUCACCACUGCUGCCGAGAGAGUGUUGCCUGUUCCCAAGAACUUCACCUUUGAACAAGCUGCUGGUUUGUAUAUUACGUGGCCCACAUCCUAUGCAGCAUUGGUAUUGCGUGCUCAACUCAAGGCUGGUGAAUAUUGCUUGGUGCAUGCAGCAGCGGGUGGUGUCGGCAUUGCUGCUGUUCAAAUCGCCAAGGCUCUCGGUGCAAAGGUCAUCGCCACUGCUGGUUCUCAAGAUAAGCUGGAUGUCGCCAAGCGUUAUGGUGCAGACUUUGCUAUCAACUACCGUGAUAAGGAUUGGACCGCUCAAGUCAAAAAGAUCACUAAUGGCCAUGGUGCCGAUGUUGUCUAUGAUCCUGUUGGAUUGAUUGAAGAAAGCACCAAAUGCACAGCAUGGAAUGGCCGGAUAUUGGUGGUUGGGUUUGCCAAGGGCACCUUUGAAAAGCUCCCAACGAAUCGCGUCUUGUUGAAGAACAUCUCAAUUGUUGGUAUUCAUUGGGGUGCUUAUACCAAGAAUGAAGUUGAAGCCAUCCCCAAGGUGUGGAAGGGUUUGUUUGAUCUUUUCGAAUCCGGCAAAGUGAUUCCAGCCAUUUAUGACAAGGUGUACAACCUCGCCACUCUUCCUCAAGGCUUGAAUGCUAUCAACAACCGAGAGACUUAUGCCAAGGUCGUCGCCACGGUCGAGAGCCGAGAUAGCAAAAUCUAG